AGUAGAUUCGUUACAUGAAAUCUGGUUACACUGUUGUGAUGUGUCAAGAUCAAAAUGGGAAAUGACAGUUAAUGAACGAAGAAUUAGCAAUUAGCUUAUAGCUUAAUAGUUAAUACCUACUUUUAUGUACUCUUUGUUCACUAAAAUUUUCAUUAAAUAUAACUUGGAUUUUUUAUUAAUAAAUAAUGAAUUUUAAAAAAAUAUUAUCACUUAAUACUUUUGUAUCAAAUGUACACAUCAAACGAAAUUUGAAUUGUAAUGUCUCUAGUAUAACCAAAAUUCACAGAGAAAUAUAUACAAAGACAUAUCCCACCAAAGUUGUUUUACCUAACGGAGCUUCGAUAAAUAUACGAUACUAUGAACCUAGACAAAUAAUCAGAUUACCAUUAGAUUUAAGCACAUUAUCUGAAGAAGAAAGAAAAAUUAGACUAGAAAAGAGAAAACCUAAAAGAAAAGUUAAAAUAACCGACACAGUUGAAGACAACUUUAAUGCUAAGAAAUAUUUAAAAUAUCUUAAAAAGUAACUUGUAUUAUAAUAAUUUGAGUAUGUAAAUGAAUUGUAGAUUUAAAAUAAUAUAAUA